AUGGCCUCGCCUCAGUCGCCCAUGCCCGCCCGGGACGCCGAGCAGUCGGUCGAGACUCCCAGCGUGCGUGAUAGCAAUGACGAGAAGACACAAGCCACCGCCAAUGUCGACGCAGCCUCGUCUGACCAUGCGUCAGACGACCUCCAGCCCGUGCCCCUGUCGUGGAAGCUGGCGUCCAUUGUCCUUGUCACCAUGAUCGGUUUUGGCUCGAGGUGGAGUUCCGGCAUCACGGGCGCCAUGAAGAGCACGAUGAAGAAGCAGCUCAAGAUCAACAACACGCAGUUUUCUCUUCUCGAGGCCAGCGAGGACUUUAUGGUCACAGCCCUCAUGCUUCUCAGCGGUCUCGUCACGGACCGCAUUGGUGGUGCUGGUGCCAUGCUCUACGGCAACGUCAUCUUCACUGUCGGCUCCAUCCUUGUCGCUGGCGCGGCGCAGACCCGCUCGUACAAGUUCAUGAUUGUCGGCCGCAUCAUCAGCGCCCUUGGUGACAUUGCGACUCAGGUCGCCCAGUACAAGGUCUUUUCCUCCUGGUUUGCCCCGUCCAACGGUUUCGCUUCGACCCUCGGCUUUGAGCUCGGCGUCGGCAAGCUGGGCGCCUUUGCCGGCAAGUCUUCAGCCAACAUCAUCGCCAAGAAGACGGGCAAUUUUGCCUGGGUCUUCUGGGUCGCCGUGUUCAUGAACCUGUUCACCAAUGUCGUGACGGGCGUCUUCUACUGGUUCACCAGGGUCGCGCACCGCAGGUACCACGGCGUCAGGGACCCCGCUACCGGCGAGACGCUCGUCGAGAAGAAGAAGAAGAUGGACCUGCACAAGGUUGUCGAGCUUCCCUGGAGCUUCUGGUGCAUCCUCGCCUUUUCUCUCUUCCAGACGAGCACUGCCAAUGUGUUCCUGCAGAACGCCACUGAGCUGGCCGAGCAGCGCUUCGACACGAGCUCCAUCACGGCCGGCUGGUACAGCGCCACCACGCAAUAUGCCGGUUUCUUCAUCGCUCCCAUCAUGGGCGUCGUUAUGGAUCUAUACGGCAACCGCGUGUCCUCCCUCGUCUUCUGCGGCGUUGGCACCUUCACCGCCAUGCUGCUCGUCUGCUUCGCCAGCGGCACUUCGGGCACGGCAGCCUCAUUUGGUGUCUUUGCCGUCGCCGUGAACUUUGGCCCCGUCACCAUCAUUGACUGCAUUCGCACGACAAUGUGGGACAACUCGGUCUUCGGCACCGCCUACGCUCUCAAGGUCACGAUGAACAACGCCAUGAACAUCAUCGUCAGAGUCGUCACGGGUGUCAUUCAGGACAACGACAACAACUCGUACGACAAGGUGACGAUUGUCUACGUCGUCCUCGCCGGCCUCUCGGUCGUCGUGUCCGCCGUCCUCAUCUUCCUCUCGUGGAGGUCCGUCGACAUUCGGCACCUGCAGUGGACCAGAAAACACCGCAUCGCGCGCGGCGAGGAGCUCAACGAGCGGAACGAGCGCUUCCACCAGGAAAUGGGCGCCAAGAACAAGAAGAUCUCCAAGAUCUGCUUCGGCUCCCUCGUGCUGCUUGUCCUUGGCGGAUGGAGUGCGUACUUUUGGGGCGUUGCCACCGGGAACAACAGCUAG